CAAACACUGCCUCGAGAGUCCAUCCGUUGCUUUCAGUUCAACUGAAUUGGGAUUCCUUAGUAUUUUUCUAGUCAGCUAACUAACAAGCUUAUUCUGGGGUUUACCUUAGGAGAUGGGCAAGAGGAACUGAGGCUUCAGGCCCAGCUGUGGGUGUCCGAGGCUCAAUGACCAAACUCUGGGACUUCUUCUCUAGCUUUGGACAGAAACUGGUGAUUCAGGAAUAGGAAUCUUGGAGAGGGGGUGUAUUUGAGAGAACAAGCAUUACACAGGGGUGAUCUUCUCUCUUCUUUUCUUACAGGGUUGGAAGAACAUCGUUCUCAGACCCUGAGAAAUCUGGACUUUUUUAACAGUGUGCUACCUAAAGGAAUAUAAGGAGUUGAUACUUGCAGCUUCCUUGCAAUUAAUUUUUUGGUAUUUGUACCUCUCUUUCUGUGGUUUUAGAUCAAGAAACGCCAUGAGCACAACUCAACGAAAGCGCCGUGGAAGAGCAGUUAAUUCUAGGCAAGCUCAGAAACGAAACAGGUUGAUGGCUUCAACCACAGGAAUGGCUUCAGAGGCAGAGCCAGCAGAACUUGAAGAAAGUGCUGGUGAGGAAGUAGUAGAUCUCACAUGUGAAUCUUCUGAUCCUGUAGUCGUUGAUCUAACUCACAAUGAUUCUGUUGUGAUUGUCGAAGAGAAUCAGCAACAAAGGAGAGAUCGCAGACUAAGAGGCCAGCCAAGGUUCCAUAUCUGUAUACUGAUUAGCGAUGAUGAAGACGAACCAAGAGACAAUGAUGUGCCGACUGGUACCGUUAGCUGUCCGAUUUGCAUGGAUGGCUACUCAGAGAUUGUGCAAAGCGGACGACUGAUCGUGUCAACUAAAUGCGGCCAUGUCUUCUGCAGCCAGUGCCUCCGUGAUUCCCUUAGGAACGCCAACUCUUGCCCAACCUGCAGGAAGAAACUCACUCACAGACAGUAUCAUCCCAUUUAUAUAUGAGUACUUCUCUUUCUCAGGACAGACUCAGCAGGAUUUUGGGGGAAAAUGUCAUGUUUUCAGUGCUCUGAAGAUUUAAAGAGCAGCAGGUUGUCCACAGAUCCAAAUAAAACGGAUUCUUUUUGGGUUUUGGAGAAUAACUUGUACGUAUAUAGACAGCUUUUUCUAUGGUCCAAGCUGCUUCUUGUUAUGUCCCUGGUUAUGAUGUUAAAUUUGUGACUGUCUCUAAAGUAGACCAGCAGCCUAUAUCAGAAAGGAAGCAGCGAAUCCAUUUCCUUCUACUUUUUUUAAUGCUUAAAUAAGAGGGGUCUGAAUAUUUUGUUAUUUCUUACUCUUUAAAUUAUUCCCACUGUCGCGUACAGGUAUGGAAUAGUUACCUUUCAAAAUACAGAUGACCAAUUUGCCGUUUCAUUACACUUUUGUUUUUAUCCUGUGAGAAGCUCAUGACUACAUUGCUUUCUGCCAUACCAUCUUUGCCCAAGUGGAAUAAGUUGUAACGAUGGAUCGUUUUAUCACAAAUCCAUAUUAAAUUGACAGCCAAGGUCAUGCAAUAGAAUAACCUGCUGUUAACCAGCAAUCAGGUGUUUUAAGCAGAAGGCUGUGCAGACACAUAG